AUGAGUUUUCCAUUUAUUAGACGAAAUUUGAGGUGCUUAUCUACCACUUAUUUUGGGAGCCGUUUGUUGAGCACAACUGGUAGUAAACACUCAGUCUUUAAUCCAAAUCAAUGGUGUGAUCCAAUUGUUAGUAUUGAACAGCUUAACAAUCCAUUGCCUGAAGAUGAUCCAAGGCGUUAUUUGUACCCAAAACAAAUGGAGUCUAACAAGACGCCCGUUUUUUAUAGAAAUGAAAUUGUCGACAGGAUGGUCAACAUUAUGAUGGUUAAAGGCAAAAAACAAUUAAUUCGUACGGAGAUUUAUGGGGCUUUGGAAAUUAUUAAAAGAGUUCAAUACAAAAAAUGGUUGGACGAGAAAGACGAAAAGAAGAAGGCAAAAAUAGUUCUAGACCCUUUUCAAGUGGCCAGCUUGGCAAUUUUGAAUUGUAGGCCAAUAAUGGAACUUAGACCUGUUGGGAGAACCGGGACAGUCUAUCAAGUUCCUUAUCCAAUUAGUGAGCAUUACUCAAUCUUCCGGGCACUUAAAAUGAUGAGAACAAUUUUGAGAGAAAAAUGCAAACAUGGACAGAAUCGAUUUAGGGUAUAUAUUCUUUUAUUGUUAAUUUGGACUCUAUUAGCUCACGAACUCAUUGCCGCAAUGAACAAUGAAGGUUAUACAAUUCAAGCCAAACAAGAAUUGCAUAGAUUGUGUGAAAAGAAUAGAGCAUAUUCUAGCUUUAGAAGAUAUUAA